AUGGCAACAAUUAAAUCUGCAUUCAAUAAUUACACAACAUCGCUUAGCUUUUUAGUGUUGGAUAAAAUAACUGACAAUGUACCGGUUGUCUCCUUUGACGCUUCUGAAUUGAAAAUUCCCACAAACUUAUACUUAGCGGACCCGGAGUUUAAUAAAUCGAAACCAAUUGACAUUUUACUCGGCGCUGGAAUCUUUUGGGAAUUGCUAGCAAAGGACAGGAUAAGAACUAACGAAAAUUCACUAAUUUUUCAAAAAUCCAAAUUAGGUUGGCUAAUUUCCGGCAACACUACGCAGUCUUGUCAUGAAAUAAAAAUACUUUGUAAUCUUUCAAUAUCAAAUCGUGAACUGAGCGAACAGCUACAGACGUUUUGGCAAAUUGAGGAAGGUCCUCAAGAAAAAAUAUAUACACGUGAACAACGCGAAUGCGAGGAACACUUUGUAAAAACUUACACGAGAGAUGAUACCGGUCGAUUUACGGUUAGUUUACCCUUACGCGACGAUUAUUCGAAAUUAGGCGACUCAAUGGAGAACGCUAUCAAAAGGUUUUACGCUCUUGAAAACAGACUUAUGAAAAAUUCUGAACUAAGGGAUCUUUAUGAUAAUUUCAUGUCCGAAUACGAGUCUCUAGGACACAUGACAAAAAUUCAAAAUCCGUUAGACAUUCAUAAUGAAAUCACAUCACGGAGUGUUCAAAGAGUCUAG